UGAUUUCUACGUUCUCAUUUUUUCUUGGAAAGCAAGACUCUUCACUGGUCCUUCCUUCCGCAUCCCGCAUUCUAGGAUUCAUCGGAAAAUGAUGAGCCGUGGUGUUAUUAUUACCCGCAGAGUCGGCGUCGCGGCGGGCUCACGUUUCUUCUCUACUACUGGUUCAACCGCUCGUGCUGUGGCCAGUGAGGCGGUGUUGAGUAAUGCAGCCAAGGGGUUUGGUGAUCAGGUUGGGGCAAAUGUUGCGAAUCGGGGUUACUGGCUAAGGGUUCCGGUGAUCAACGGUGGCCGGGUGCGCUAUUCGAGCACUUUGUCGGUGGAAGAGAAAGAGAAGCAGGAUCUCUCGGGUACUGCUUCAAGCGGCAGCAGUGUGGGGGGGAACAAAGACGAGAAGGGGGUGAGUUAUUGGGGUAUUGAAAGCUCGAAGAUCACGAAGCCAGACGGUACGGAAUGGAAGUGGAAUUGUUUUAGGCCAUGGGAGACGUACAAAGCGGACUUAUCGAUUGAUCUGAAGAAGCACCAUGCGCCGGAGACUUUUAUGGACAAGAUGGCUUAUUGGACCGUCAAGGCUCUCAGAUGGCCCACUGAUAUAUUCUUCCAGAGACGGUAUGGAUGCCGAGCAAUGAUGCUUGAGACAGUGGCGGCUGUACCGGGCAUGGUAGGAGGGAUGCUCCUGCACUGCAAGUCGCUGAGACGGUUCGAGCACAGUGGUGGCUGGAUCAAGGCACUGUUAGAGGAAGCAGAGAACGAGCGUAUGCACUUAAUGACGUUCAUGGAGGUGUCAAAGCCCAGGUGGUACGAGCGAGCCCUGGUCAUAGCCGUCCAAGGUGUGUUCUUCAACGCCUACUUCUUGGGGUAUUUGAUGUCCCCUAAGUUCGCACAUCGCAUGGUGGGAUACCUGGAGGAGGAGGCCAUUCACUCCUACACUGAGUUCCUCAAGGAAUUGGACAAGGGCAAUAUAGAGAAUGUUCCAGCCCCAGCCAUUGCCAUCGACUAUUGGCAACUUCCGCCUGACGCCACUUUGAGAGAUGUCGUCAUGGUCGUUAGAGCUGAUGAAGCCCACCACCGUGAUGUCAACCACUUCGCAUCGGACAUACAUUAUCAAGGACGAGAACUGAGGGAAGCGCCGGCUCCUAUUGGAUAUCACUAGAACCUGACUGAAAUUUGGCCCCCCUGAGAACGGAAAAGCUGGUCAUUUUUUUUGUUUGUGGUAUGAAUAAAAUACUACUGUUGCACGUGACAUUUGAUGGUGCUGUGAUGAUGUAGAUUGGCGAGGGUAAUGUAAAUAUAGAGCACCCGUUAUGAUAACAAUCUGUGUUGGCGGAAAAAGAAAUCCAAAAUGUGAUAGCUUUAUAGAAGAUGGGCAAGUAUAUUUUGACCGUUCUUUUGUCCCGUCAUUCUAUGUCACUG